UCGACGAGUUAACAACCAAAUAAACUUCUACAUCAUGUCUGGCCGUGGCAAAGGUGGCAAAGUUAAGGGGAAGUCCAAGACUCGUUCAACCAGAGCUGGUCUUCAGUUCCCAGUUGGACGUAUUCAUCGUCUCCUGCGUAAAGGAAAUUACGCUGAACGUGUUGGUGCUGGAGCACCAGUUUAUUUGGCUGCAGUAAUGGAAUACUUGGCUGCUGAGGUUCUUGAGUUGGCAGGCAACGCUGCUCGUGACAACAAGAAGACCAGGAUCAUUCCUAGACAUUUGCAAUUAGCCAUCCGUAACGACGAGGAGUUGAAUAAACUUCUGUCAGGAGUGACUAUUGCCCAAGGCGGUGUUCUUCCUAACAUCCAAGCUGUUCUCUUGCCCAAGAAAACCGAAAAGACCAGCUCCUAAAUCACUGAAGAAUCGGCCCUUUUCAGGGCCACAAAA